AUGAAGCUUCUGCUGAUCAACCCGAAUUCGUCCAAAUCGAUCACAGACAACCUGCAGACCGUGCUGAAACCGAUCCCCGGUAUCGAGUUCCACUUUUUCACCGGCCCGCCCGAGUCGCCGCCCUCCAUUAACAAUUCUGCCGAGGGCCUUAUCUCUGCGGCCGCCUGUCUGGCCAAACUGCAGCAGGACCCGCAAUUGCUCCAAUACGACGGAUACCUGAUCUGUUGCUACUCGGACCACCCGCUCGUGGGCCAGCUCCGCAACCUGGUCAAGGUCCCGAUAAUGGGCAUUUUCCAGGCGUCUCUGUUGUACUCGCUUAAUUAUACUACAAACAAUUCCAAGGUGGGGAUCCUCACCUCGAACAGGAGCUGGGAAGAAAUCCUCGACCAGUCGCUGCUCGACUUCUUCGGCACGGCAACACUGCCAAAAUUCAUCGUGCCAACGCUCGCCGCAGACGUAGACGUGCUCAAACUCACAGACCCAGACAACUAUGCCAAGCUCCAGCACAAAAUCCGCUACCUCAUCUCCCAAGACGCCAAGAUCAUCCUGCUGGGCUGCGCAGGGCUCAGCAGCCUGGACUGGAAGUUUAAGCAGGACUUCCCGGACACUGUGUUUGCGGUGGACGCAUCAUUGGCGGGUAGAACGGGUACCCAGGGUACGGGAACGGCGGUGGAUACGGGGCAAGACGACCCGCGUCGGAGUAGACAGACUGGUCUGGGUCGAAAGUGGCAGGCCGCAAGGGAUUAUACGGGUCGGGAAAGACCUGUGGCUGCGGAGUUGACUGCAGCUGUGCCAGAGCUUCUGUCCGAGGAGUCCAGAACAGGCCUCUUUUCUGCCUGCGACGGUGGUUGCGAGUCCGGCUGUUGGACUUCGGGUGCGGUGUGCGGCUCCUGCUCCUCGUCACCAGAUGAGAUCACCAGAGUCUCCGGCUCGGUUGCUAUCUGGGAGUUGUCCAGGCUGGACGGUUGUUCAACCGCUGUUGGCUCAUUUUCUGGUGCCGAUGGCUUCUCUGCUGGCACAUUUUCCGACACUGGUGGCUCCGCUUCUGUCUCGUUCUCCUGCCCUUGUGGUUCCUUUUCUGGCUCAGUUUCCGACACCAGUGGUUCCUCUUCCGGCAAAUCGACCGCACUAGGCUCUUCUGGUGGAAGAAUUUGUAGAGGAGGAGUCAAAGACGACACGAAAGCUGACACCUGGUCCUUUCGCAUAUCAAGUAACGACUGCAAGUUCUGCAAUGCGACAGUCAGGUCCUGA